AUGCGCAUUUGCCUGGCUCCUCGAAGGAUACUCCUGGGCCACAGCCUUUUCCAAGCCCGGAGAGAUGCGUUUCAUCUACCGUUAACGCCAUACCGGCUUCUACCCGAAAUACUCCGUUCUACAUUUCACAGUACGCGGCGCAACUAUACGCAUCGAUCGGACUCGGCCAACCGCAAACCAUACCCUAUCCCUCCCGCAGGGCUACGAAAAGAUCCGUCCGAAUGGAUAAAAAGUUUAGAAAAAUACAUUCCCCGGCGGAAUUUGGAUAAGGGCUCUAUGACUGGGCAAAAGAGCGAGCAAGAAGACUGUGAAGCGAUUUUGGAGCUUUUAUAUCAAGCCCGGGAACAACUAGGGUUUGACCUCCUUACUAUACUUGGGUUUAAACUGGGGAGAUGGCAUGAUUUUCAUGUAAUAGUUAAUAAACUCCUGGAUUUCGCAAGUGAAAACCGGGCUCUUAUUCGGGGAGAAGGGUUACCUUCGAAUAUAGCCUGGGGUUGUUUGGGCUCGUUUGACAGUUUAUCUGGCGAUCAACUGAAAACCACUGAACUUAGUGGCAUCCAGCUUGACAACAAUGGCAGACACGUUUCAUCAUUCAAAGCCUACCUUGAAGGGACAAUGCUUCAGAACCAGCUGGGAAAGUCGGACAGAAGAGCCGAGACAAUGAGUGAGCUUUGGCAGAGCCUAGGUGCCUUUGUCCUUGAGGCAUCGGAUUUACCCGCAACGGAGAGUCAUGUAGCUAUGUCGCACUUUUACCUUGUUGUUGCCCGCCUUCAUCAUCUUGACAUGAUACCCUCUGACGUAUACAAAUACGUCUCAAACUACGACCCUACCCUGCCAAAUCGGCCUCCAGGGAUCCAGCUACUCUCAUACCCCAUAAUGAGCGUAUUAUCCGAGACGGCUUUGGAGGCAGCGGCCUUGGAGGAUAGUGUUGACAAGGCGGAGUCGGAUUCCACACCCAGUGUACCGUCUUUCAAAUUCAACUCAAAACAGCUUGGCUUGGGAAUAUGGCUCGAAUUUGUUCUUUGGUGUUGUGUUGAAGGAGGCUACACGGCAGAGGCCGCGUGGAUACUACACACUUCCCGUGGUUGUUCAAAACCGUGGAAUAUACAUAGCUGGGCCGCGCUACAUCGAUCUAAAGGACCAAUUGAUCCCUUAAAAAUGGACCGGUACGACACUUGGGCCGAGUGUGGAGUAUUUUCGGAUGAACCCUUUGCUUAUCGAUCAGAUCGUCCGUUCCUUGGAAUGGGGGAACGUACAAUCACCAAAGAAGUGGUUAGUUCCGUCAUGGAGGGACUCAUAAAUUCUCUCAAAUUCGAUGCAGGUACGGCUAGUGGUCGAGGAGAUUCGCUCAAAUAUGUCUUGACCCGGUUAGGCCUUCUACGUGCACUUCUGGGUAGGAACAAAUUGUCUCUCUCUCAGGAAGAUCUCACGCAUAUGAUUGUCCGAAUCCUGGAGGCUGGAGCUGUUGCGCCCGAAAUCGAUCCCCAAUCACUAGAGCUACUGCUUAACCACGCCUCGUAUAUCCAUCCUGCAGAACAUUUGACCAACCCCUCAGGGCCUGGGUAUGAAAAUGCUCGCCCCCAGGAGUACAGCCCAGCUAGUUCUCUAGUAGUAUUGGGGUUGUACCAAUACAUGUUGAAUAUAUAUGCCUCCAGUGGUCGUGCUUCGGGGACAAUUGAUAUCUUUGGGCGGUUAUUGGGAGAAGUCGAUCCGGCGAAAGUUUUUGAAAUGCGCGAGUCUGUUCUAGAUUCAAAAUACCUAAUCAUGGCACCUAGGGUCCAUCAAACAGCUGCCAGCCGGUCCCGAAUGGCUCGACAUAAAGCUCAAUCUGAACACCUUGAACUGCCACCAGUCUCGUGGGCUCUACUUCUUGAUACUCUAACUUCAUCUCGAUUGUAUCGGCUUGCGGAUUGGGUAACGCAUUCGUGUGCAAAAGCCUUGGAAAUUUCAACAUCCCGUACCCGUGAAGGCGCACUUAUUACGGACUCUCUGAUCCGGCUUGCAACUGCAACGAAAAACCGUGAACUCUAUUCUAAGACUAUUAAGAAGCUUAAGCCCCCUCUUAAACGUCAAACACUGAUUGCCUUGCUGAAUUGGCGAAUUGGGGAGUGUGACUGCAAAGGCGCCAUAGAGCUGCUCCAUUACCUUCAAGACACGAAGCUUUUACAAUGGGAUAUUGAGAACAUAACGUCCCUUGCAGCAGUGAUAAUACGGCUAGAGUAUCAGCUAUCCAGCACGAAUCAACCGAAGGUUAGAUCUACGUCUGUUGAAAGCCAAAAGGAUACUCUAGAUCUAGCAUGCAAUCUUCUGAUUGAUCUCUUGAAUGGAAAAUUUAACCAACACUACAGUUAUGCUAAGGGUCAACAUAUUUCUGAAGCUAUGUUGAAUCGGUUACAUUAUGUAUUUUGUACUAUUUCUGGCAGGCUCUCUGAAAUUUGCCGCAAGGUACAACUGCAGUGGGAUCGCCUUUACGAUCCUGAAUACCGCAUUCCCCCUAACGCCUUCAAUCAGCUCCUCACUGCCGUUGUCGAUACACAGGGCUUGCUAGCUGGAAAACGCCUAUGGGAUCGGGUUUGUAUUGAUCCAUUGCUGAGCUUUGAUACAUUUCGCGACCGCAAGCAACAAAUAAUACGGGCCGGCCUCCCUUUCAAUGCAAGAUCCAUCUAUCCAAAAAAGACUUCCUUGGUUAUACCAGACCUUACGACAAUCCGAAUCAUUGCCAACGCAGCACUCGAUGAGCAAAAAUAUCUCCGUCAGCUUGGACAUAAUUCUGCCAGCCCUGCUGUUCAACCAUUGACCUCGCAAAAAUACACUGCCGAAAACAUUGACCGUAUCCUAGCUUGGUGUGCUAGGAUAUAUGAGCGCCUUGGUCUUGAUUCUCGAGAGAUCAAUAGAGAGCUUGACGGAUAUCCUGCUCGAAAACAAGCCAAUUUGGCGGGAACACCAUUACCGACCCCCUAA